CUGCAAACUUUUCGGGCCGGCGGCGCCGGGCGGGGCGGGGCGGUGCGGGGCGUCCGCCGCUGCCGCGGGCGGCUCUCGGCUCCGGCGGCCGUCGCUCACCGAGCUGUGUUCUCGGCUCUUGGGGAGAACUUAAGUGAGCUCUAGGGCUUGAAAUUCCUCUUGCUAGUCUUCCAUUCUGUUAAAUGCUUCGCAAACCAGAGCAAAGGAAGAGACGUGAGGAGUUGAAUUUCACUGCCUUGUUUGGAACUGGGUGGAAAUCCUGGAGAUGGAUCUCUUAGGAGACUGUCUUCCAAUGGGGUUAGAUGCACAGGAGCAAUGGAUCGCCCCAGCUACCUGGAAGAGGACUAUUCUAGCCUGGAUGGGCUGGACGAUGACGUGUUUCACUCUGAUGACUUUGGACUUGCAGGUCAGCCUGGUGAGAUGACUGCAACUGGCAUUUUCACACAGAACCAGUCCUACAGCUGCCUUCUGGGGAGGUUUCAACUAUUUCCCCUCACACACUGCUGUGGUCCCGGUAUCAGGCAUCCUGAGCAGCAGGACAAGGCAACUCAAACACUCAGCCCGUCCUCUUCCAGUCAGGAUGUUAUGUUGCCUUGUGGAGUCACUGAAGAGCCCCGGAGACUCUUCUAUGGGAAUGCUGGUUACCGCUUACACGUCCCUCCAGUUGGCUUUGCAUUGGAUCCAAAUCUCCAAGAAGAGCCUCAGGAAGGUCAGCGGGAGGCGCGUACUGAGGUGCAGAUUGCACGGAAGUUGCAGUGCAUUGCAGACCAGUUCCACCGGCUCCACAUACAGAGGGUAGGGUGUUUCCAGAGGGGAAGGUGGGGUGUUUCUUAUCCAAGAGCUGUGCUCCAGAAGAUUGGCUCCAGGCAUCAUCUAAGCAGGCUGCCGCCUAAGGCAACAGUAGGCUGCCAGCAGUGACAAAACACCAUGGUAUCCCUAUGUAUUAUGCUAGAUUGGUGGUUCUUUGUAAAAGACUGGCAGGUGGAGGGAAGAAUCAUAGAAGAGCAUGUGUAGAACUGCAGUUAUUGUCUGGGAAUGUAGCUGCUGUUGUCUGCUAUUUCAGCUCUCCUGGUUCAUCAGCAACAGGGUCACUGAUGCUUUCUCUAGAAUUUUACUUUAUUCUCUACUCUCCUUACCACCAGCAUCAUCUCUUCUGCUGUACAGUUGGUUGUCUGUGACUUGUAUCAGUUCCUCAUCUUGGAGAUGACAACAAGCCUAGAGUCUGUUUUGACACUCCUUGUUGUCUAGGGAUAGCUGUCUCAAAUAUUAGAGUGUAUUAUGACUAUGCUAGACUUGCUAGCAACUCCUCUGUGAGACAGUCCUAGCUAGUGUCUCAGACUUGUGACCAACUUCCUCACAACAAAAGACAGCUGUAAGAUGCCACCAGGUCUGAAAAACAGAAUCUUGUUUUACUUUUCUUUAAAAAAGAAAAAAAAAAAAAGAAGAAAAAAAAAGAGCUCUGCUGUUUUUAAAGGAACAAAAUAAAGCCAACGUCCCUUAAAAACCUAGAUUCUUUCUCCCUUCUCCCUCCCUUCCCCUGUUGAAUAGUAAACAAAUAGAAAUUCCAGCCAUGCAGGUCAAAGUUUGGCAGCACUUCUCUACUUGUAUGCGAGUCCAGCAAGGUGUUGCAGUGUGUAUCCAAAUGCAUAUGAAGAAGCUGACCCUCUUGCUGAUUUCAGAGUGACAAGAAACUUAUUUCAUUCCAAAUGAGUUGGUGCUGUUAACUUGGAGUCUGUUGCAAUUCUACUCAAAGGUAAGUGAGGAGCUCUGCCCUGAUCAGAGAACGUGGCUUGUAGCUGGGCAAAGUUUUAGUUGUCUCUAUGAUAAGAAAGAGGAGGGGGAAACGGGACUCUUCAAACGGCAGGAAGGUUAAAGCUGUAACAGGAAGAUUAACCUGUAGAAAUGUAGAUUGGGCUAUGAAUGUCAUUUUGCAAAUUACAGAAAAUGAUGAACAACCACAACCUUUUUAGCAUGCAUUGUUGGUUGAACGGGGGUUUCCCCAGUGCCACCUUUUCAUAGCAAUAGCUGUCUACAGCCAGAUUGUCUCACUAAAGGGAAGGCUAACGUCUCCGGAGUGGAGGAGCUCUGGAGUGAAGUGGUGGAACUGGUUGUAACUUGACCCCUUGCAGCUCGAGGAGUGAACCUACCUCUUGUCUGUGCCUUGGAAACACAUCCAAGAAUGCCCACCCAAAGUUGCUCUCUGAAACUGCCCCUGGUCUGGCUUUUGCUGCCUCUUGGCCGCGGGGAGCUGCCAGCCGCUAGUGCUGUACGCAGGGCUGCGGCCAGGGCUGCCCGGCCAGCCCCAGUGCGUGUCAGCCAAGCGUGUGGGAGAGUUAGUAAACAAAGGCGUCCGCCUGCACUACCCAAUCCUGCAGCCAGCGGAGGAGGAGCUCUGCUGUCUUUGUUUGGACUGGAAGAGCAACAAGUUGUAAAGGGGGGGAGCUGUUCAGCCAUUUACAUUUGAAAACAAAGCCAAAGAAAUCCAGAAACGUAACCGAGGAUGGAGUAGUUCAGCCAGUGGUUCUCCACAGCCGGACCCUGGGAUAGGCCUUGGCAUUUGCAUCUGCUAGGGGAUUCUUUCUCGUUUGUCAGGAGAACGAAGUACUGAGCCACAUACUAGUGUCUGAAGCACCGUUCCCUAUGGAGUGUUUUGUUAAAAUGCCCUGUCCCUUCCAAGCCCUGCACACAGGAUUUCCUGUGGCUUUUGGCAUGGUUGCGUGCAGCCCCUACGUCCUGUGUGCAGUGACUCUAUCCAGCCUGUCACUGAAGAAGCAAGCAGUCUGUUUCUAGAGAUGCAUGGACUGGUUUACAAUGUGUUGUGGCUUGGAAGAGGCAGUCUGAGACAUGGAAAACAAGGCUGUCACCUAGCUUGCUGUAAAACUGAACACAGAUUUGGAUGUCCCAUUCCAACCUGUGUCAAACAUUCGGUCAAAACCAACUUUCCAAAGUGAUGUCUUGAAUCAGAUUUAGAAAAUCACAAAGUUAGUCACACCGGUGUGGUCUUGUGAAGUCCUGAGAGAGAGCAAGUCUGGUUUUCAACAAGCCGCAUCUCUUUUUGGAGACUACAAAACAUCUUAUCUGUGGACUUGUGAAAAGAAAAAGAAUGCUCUCAUUCAGUAGGAGUUAGGAAAGAUUUUCAGUGUUGGAGUAACUCACGUGGCCAGCUCAAGAGUUGCCCUCACUUGGCUCUUGAGUUCUGCGAGGCAAUCCAGCAGUUCAGGUACGGCUCUCAUUGUGCUCCUGCAGCAGCAAGGCUGUGUUGACACAAAGGCUGUUGGUUAAUGUACAUCCCUGGCUGUGAGAGGGAACUGAACAGUCAGUUGCUACUGAGGUUGACGUCACUGAGUUGUCAUUGGACUCAGCUGCAUGCACAGUCUAACCCCAUCCCACACUGGGAACCCUAGGGAGUCACUGUUAUCUCUUCCCUGUGCUCUCUGGCUAUGUGGUGUUUGUUUUGUGGUUCUUGGCUAUGCAAAAGAUUUUUGGGUAUGCAUCUCAUAAGAAUAAGAAAGUUGGCCGCACCUAUGCUUACUUUUGGCAUGUACACCAUUUUCAGGUUUUUAUUUCCUAAUAAUGUCUUAAACAGAAUACAGUGGUUUAAAACCUGGCAUUUUAAUCCUUAGAACAGUGCUAGGGCAGUAACAACAUUCCCUAGCACUCUGUGGCUUUAAUCUUUUUAAGGUGCUGAAUUUAUUAUAGGAAAGACUUGAGCAAUGCUCAGUGUUCGUGAGCAUCAGAGCCUUACUAGAGGUUGAUCCAGAUUUGGAAGGGCUCUUUAGAAUGACAUGCAAGGCCAUCUGUGUUUUCUAAAGCUCUUUAGAGGCAGCCCUUACCUGUCUGAAGCUACGUAGCUUCUGGCAAUGUUUCCUCCAUUCUGUGUUUCUUGCUCUGCCCCUUUGAAAGCAAUGCAGAGCUGAGUCAUGCUUUCUCUGGCAGAACCAAGCACCAGUCCAUAUUUCUCUUUGCUUUCAGCAAGCAUGCAUUUGCUGUGGUAUAUGGGUGCCUUCUGUCUGAGCUGCUGACUGUGGCCCAGCCUGUGACUGAGACUGAAGGGUAUACCUACCUGGUGGUUAUGAGGAACAGAACUGGGCUUAGGGUCCCCACUGGUCAGUCAGCGGGGUUGUGUUGCCUCUGCCUCCUUGUCCAGGCUGUGGCAACAAGUGCUUGGACUCUUCCUCAGGUCCUGAGUGCACUUGACCUCUCUUGCCUUGAGGAGAGGUUUCAGCUUUGCCUGACAGUGAAUUUCAUGAUCUGAUGCACCGCUGGAUGGAAUGUGAGUAGAAAACUACAGAUUGCAGGAACAGUGCAGAGCUGCCCUAUAGGAGCAUGUGGAUUAUGUAAGACUGAGAUGGAUGACACUGUAUAUCAGUAUUGCACCCCUUUAGUUUGACAUGGAUCCAUUCAGACAUUGAAGGUUACAGGUUUUUCCAAAUAACUUUAAAAGCAGGCUGUAGCUUUGAGGGAACCAUUCUUUUUCACAUCUUCUUCAUAGUGAUCACUUCAUGGGGGAAUGAAGUUGUGUCUUUAAGAGUCAAGGAGUGGUAGCCUUGAACAGUUCUGGGCUCCAGUCCAAGCAGAGCCACUGACUUGCUGUAUGACCUCAGACAAGUCUCUUGACCUCCUUGUGCUUCAGUCAACCCAUCUGGAAAGCUUGGUUUAAAAAAAGCUGACCCUCAACGAGAAGCAGAUGCUGAAUCAGAGCUGAGCUUUCUUGAGUAAAUAAGUGCAUUACAAACAACAAAGCCCCUUUCCAACACAUCAGGAAUCCUGCAGUUGAUUUAGAUAUGCUGACCGUGCUCAAAAAACCUCCCAUGAAUCUAGCUAUAGAAAAUUCUGUUUCUGACCAUUCCCAACUUGAUUCAGCAGAUAAGUCUUGCUGUCACUGUGCAGUGGACCCAAGCAAUAUGUGGAGACUGGAUGCCUGUAUCCCUCAGUUGUAGACAAGCUACCAGACUUGUACCAUUCGUCUCAAUUUAAUGAUACUGAAAAUGUAUGGGAGGAAAUGUUGUUUUCCUUUGAAAGUGAAACUUGUUACAUUUUUGCAUAUUUUUUUCCCCUCUCUGUCUCAUGAGAAUUAUUGAGGCCUCCUCUGAGACACCUUUGCUUACGCAAUAGGGAACCUGGGUGCCUUGUCAGAAGCUUCUUAGUGCAGGAUGAUGGGUACACAGCACUAUCUGUGCAAUUGUUAUCCAAAACUCCAGGAGGCUUUCUCCAUUGUUUAUUGGGGUCAUUCAGGGAAUUUUUAAUUUAAUUUUUUAACUGAUUUUUUUUGCAGGAAACUCUCCUUUACAUGACUUAACAUUUAAAAAAAAAAAAGUCAGAUAAAGACUUUAAAUAAUGUAGAAAUUCCCAAACUGGCCUGCAGCUGAGCCUGUAGCA